UUUUCCGUCAAAGCUGAGGACAGCACUGCCUGCAGUACGUCAUAAAGAUUUACAUGUUUUUGUACGUACUAUUAAUUUCUACCUGGAUAAAUCAGUGUUGUGUUCGGAUGCUGAUCCGUUGACGGUUCUUGAUGGAAAAUAUGUUUUUUGGUACAGUGGAUGUAUAGAUGCCUUCAGAAUUUUGGAAUCUUUAUACAUGACAAUUAUUCCGAUGCCGAUGUGCAAUUGUAGUAUUUUCACUCAGACCUGCCGAUAACAGAGCAUUCAUAUUAAAAUGAAUAAAGAUCAUCGUAGGAGGCUCGACUUGCAUUGUGAUGAGGUUGUCCAGAGAAUCAAUUUUGAUGCUCUGUGGCCAAAAUUAUUAGAGAACGGAAUAUACAAUCGUGAUGACGUAAAUAUUCCCAUUUGGACGAAGAGUCCUGUGACAAUAACAACAGUGCGCGAUGUGUUCCUGACCAUUAAGACUCGAGGGCCUCGAGCGUUUGAGAAUCUAUUGAAAAGCUUUCGGGAGUCUGGCCAUGAAGAUCUUGCUGAUUUACUGGCGGAGCAAAAAGAACCAUCCGUUAAGGCUAAAGUAUUUAACUACAAAAAGGAUGUGGAAAAUAAUAUUUCCAACAUGACAAAGCCCUUUAUGGACUUGAAGGACGAAUACUUUGAACGUAUGCAGAGCUGCGACGAGCCGUUGGAAAUUAAGGUGAGACCAGCCUUGACUUUCUUGGAUUGUCCAUCCUUGAUCGAAACUGUUGAAAGAUAUCCCAUGAGAAGUAAUCCUCGUGGCUUUGUGUUAAUUAUCGCGAAUAUUCAAUAUAUUAAUGAGAGAAGCAGAGCUGGAGCUGAACAUGAUGAAAAGAAUCUUGAAGAGCUCUUUAAACAAAUGGGCUUUGAAGUGACGACUCUCUGUAACCUAACUGGCAAGCAAAUUAAGGAUGCCAUCAGAGAAUUUUCUUGUCAAAAAGACUUUCACAAAGUCCACUCCUGCUUUGUUGUAAUCACUAGCCAUGGUGACCAAGUUGCUGAUGACAGUCUUGAAACGGAGAUACAAGGUGUCGACUUCAAUUCGCCCCGUUAUCAGCCAGUCCUGUGUACAGAAAUCCUUGAUUUCUUUACAGUCGAAAGGUGUCGGGCCUUGGCUGGUAAACCAAAAGUAUUUAUCUUCCAAGCUUGCCGAGGCCAAAGAAUACAGAAAGCUAUUCCUAGAAACGUGACUGAUACUUGUGUGAAAACAGACAGUAUAGGAAAAAUCGAUCUCAAUGUUCAGACAACAAGGAAUUAUUCCGACAUUUUAGUAGCGCACUCAACAAUGCCAGGGUUUGCAGCAAACCGAGACAUCAAAACAGGAAGUUGGUUCAUACAGAUUCUCUGUGAUGUUUUCAUGAAUUAUGCCUGUACGACGCACUUGCAAGAUUUAUUUAAUAUGAUUGACUCCAGAAUAGAGUGUAUUCGAACUGAAGACAACAGCUGUCAAACUUUAACAGUGACAUCAAUGGGUUUCAGCAAACAUUGUUACUUAAACCCGGGACUCUUUGAAGAAGAUAGAUAAUUAUAAUUUUCAUGCGCCGCCCAAAUUCCAAUCAACGAAUGAAUUACUGUACAAAUACUGCUACUACGUGUCAAUACCUUAGACUAAGUGAUGCUUAUCACAAAACCGAUGCAUUUACACAGAACUUCCAGCAAUUGCUAAGCGAUGUAAUCCUAGAUCGACUGAAGACAGCCUGUAAUAUUCAUUAGAGAUUUUGUACUUUACUUGCAACAUAUGAAAUUUAAAAUAUCCAGUUAAAUCAAAGAUCUAA